AUGUUGCAGGCACCUGAUCGUCGUAGGCGACUUCGUGCUAUGCAAAUGUAUGGUUCAGGUCUUGUUGCUUUAGACCUAGACCCAGCCAUGAACAGGCAGCUGUUGGCUUUGGUGUCGCCUUAUAUUACCAGGCAGGACACUGUUAUGCGGGAAGCCAUCAGCGCUGAACAGAGGCUAGUUGCCACCUUACGGUAUCUGGCAACUGGGAGAAGCUUGCAGGACUUAAAGUUCUCGACGGGCAUCUCCCCCCAGGCUCUGGGCCUCAUAAUCCCAGAUACCUGUUCUGCCAUCAUCCAGGUUCUGCAGGAUGACUAUAUGAGGCUUCCGUCCACGCCACAGGAAUGGCAGACUGUGGCAGCGGAGUUUGAGACGCGUUGGAACUUCCCCAACUGCGGGGGAGCCAUCGACGGAAAGCACGUCCGCAUCGUGCCUCCACCCCGUUCUGGUUCUGAGUUCUACAAUUAUAAGGGGUUCAACAGUAUUGUGCUGAUGGCGGUGGUGUCAGCACAGUACGAAUUUCUGUACGUUGAUGUGGGCAAGAACGGCCGGAUGUCGGAUGGGGGAGCUUUCAGGCAGACUGAGUUCGGGGAACGACUCCAAGACGAAGAUCUUGCAUUGCCACCGGAUGCGGACAACGUGGAAGGACUCCCCUUCGUCUUCUUGGCUGAUGAAGCUUUUGGCCUGGGACCCCAUCUAAUGAGGCCAUUCCCCCAGCCUGCCUCAUCAUUUUACAUAAUGUACUACAUGUAG